UACCUGCUCUAGCUUCAGUCUUCUCGUCUUUGACCUCCCUUUAACUUCAGCUCUCAGGUUAAACUCUGAAACCAUGGCCAAGGAUAUGACUCUGUGGUGGGCCUCCGGCUCUCCCCCCUGCUGGAGGGUGCUGAUUGCUCUGGAGGAGAAGAACUUGCAGGGAUACAACCAAAAACUGCUCUCCUUCCAGAAAGGAGAGCACAAGUCGAAGGAAGUCACCGAUGUGAACCCCAGGGGACAGCUUCCUGCCUUCAAAUAUGGUGACAUAGUGAUCAAUGAGUCCUACGGUGCAUGCUUCUUCCUGGAGUCCAAGUUCAAGUCCCAGGGAACCAAGCUGAUUCCUGACUGCGCCGGCUCUGACAACAAUUGCGCUUUGAUAGCUUUAAUAAUGCAGCGUAUGUUUGAGGGCAACACACUUCACCAAAAAAUCGCGGAGGUUAUUAUGUACAACUGGAGGGUCCCGGAGAAUGAGAGACACGAAUCUGCCUUUAAGAGACUCAAGGAGACGUUAACGGGCGAGUUGCAGUUGUGGGAGGGAUACCUGCAGAAGACUCCAGGUGGUUUCCUGGCAGGAGAGAACUUCUCGAUGGCUGAUGUGAUUGUUUUUCCAAGCGUUGCUAUUCUCUUCCACAUGGGGCUAAGUGAGGAUAAAUACCCCAAACUGUCAGAAUACUACAAAAAGCUACAGGUCAGACCAAGCAUUAAAGCCACCUGGCCUCCUACUUGGCAGGAGACCCCAGGACAGGAAAUUUUCAAAGACAUCUGAGACUGACAAACUCAUCAGCUGACAAGCUAAUUGUUCCUGUUGUGUUUUUAAUUUGAUACCAGUCCGUGCGCUGCUCUGCUCUGCAGUGGAUAUUUGAACAUUUGUUACUAAAUAUGUAAUCUUAUUCUCGUUGUGCUGUGAAUAAAAGCUAUUAAAAAGUUU